CUUUUUUUCCGCGCGUGCUUGGCAUCAACAGCAAACCAGAUCCAUCCUUCAUUCUGCACCCUCCAUCCCACACCAUGGCAGGACGACAGACUCAUGGAAGGCCCUUCGCGUUCCCUACCACCCGAGCUGCUCCAAACCCGUCGCCUCUUUUCCCUGGAACUACUAUGGCCCUCGGUAACGGCGCCUCCACUACUACCUCGACUACUGCCUCGACUACUGCCUCGACUAAUAUCUCCACUGGCUUCGGAGGCUCGGGCGGCUCCACCACACCCGUGUUUGUGUCUCGCACGACAACCACUGCCACUCCCACGCUCGCAUUUGGCGCCCGCGCGAUAGCUACUACUCCCACGUCUGCGUCUGGUUCAUUGUUCGGGAGUGCUGCUCCUACAACGCCAGUUGGCCCAACAACGACGACCGCGGUUGCCACGCCAGCCGCCACAGGACUCUUUGGGACUGCAGCGACUGGUGCUGCUACCGCUGCAGCUACCUCCACAGGGCUUUUUGGGACAGCGGUUACAUUAGUCAGCAAACCCGGGAUCACGCCCGAGUGCAUCAAGUCGGUCCGUUUCCGCUUCCAAUGGAACCCUUUGGAUGUUAAGGAGGACAAGGACUUUUCACAGAUGAUUCGGUUCAAGGCCAAUUCUGCGGAGGAUUACCAAUUCGAGUGCUCUGUCAAGCGGAUUGAGAACUGUUACCUCUUCCGCCUCAUCUGCCCGGCCGAGAAGGACUUUACCAGUUUAAAAUGGGUCACCUCGGCGACAAUUCAAAUGUCGGACAUACCAGUGUCCUCGAACUUUCUUCCGAGCUGGCCUGAUAGUCGGAUGAUCAGCAUUAGUGGUCCUAUUGAGGUGGAUCGCUUUUCCAAGGACCUUUACGGCUUUCAUAAUGUCUAUAUCACGCUCUCGGAUGCCGGUCUCUUUGAAUUCUACCCCAAAGAAGCGAAAGAAGGCAUGUACGGCCAUUGCGACUUUAUCCUGGAACGACUCCUGGACGACUGUGCUUCUCACGACGUGUUUUUCGAAUUCGAAGUUCCGGGGAUUUUUGGGGAUCCACCAUCAGAAAAUGAUUGCGAGGACUUUGAUGAAGUAGGCGACGAGGAGGUCAAGGGCGAACUGGAUGGCACUUACAGCAAAGUGAAGAAGGAGGACGAGGAGCAAAAACUGAAAGGCGAGAGCUCCUCAGAGGCCCCGAAUGAGAAAGGCAAGAAGUCCACAGAAGACAAGAAAGGGAAAAGUGUAGCCUCAUCCACACAGAGCCAUCCCGUGUACCGUCAUGCCAGGAGUAGCCGUCGCACCACACUGGAGACCGUUGGCGCUCACAAGAUCAUCCUCUCACACUUUGAGUACUUCAAGACCAUGUUCUCGAGCUCGUUUGCGGAGGGCGGCCCUGGAGUCAAGAGGAUCAAGAUUACAGACACCGAUAUCUAUUGCUUUCGCCUUCUGAUCCAGUUUCUCUAUCUGGGGCGGUUGCGGACGCGUUCUAUUCCUAUAUGCUUAACCGAAGAUCAAGCCAAGGACCAUCUGCCGACUUGGGAAGACGUUUACCUCGUUGCAGACAGGUACAAUAUAUCCGAGUUGCGGCGCAUGGCUGUUUCACGAAUCCUCUUUGGACUUCAGGCCAAGUGGGCUGUGCCAUUCUUGUUCAGGACAGCAUAUCUCUUUGACGACCUGCGAGCGCCCUUGAUCAAGUAUGUGGUCCAGAACUGCAUGGCAAGUAUUGUCACAAAAGAGACGCAAGCGACGUACGAGAACCACGUAGAGUGCAGCGCGAUCUUUGGCGAGAUCAUCACAGAGCUCUGGGCGACCAGGAAGAAUUGAUGAACACGUACCACUUGCCGCUUUUCCUCUCAAGCGGAGCAAAUAACGGCCUUCGCCUUGAGCAUUCUUCCCAACGCCAAAGGGCAUUGUUCCGUUCCAGAGGCAAUACCUGAGGAUCAUCAACAUUUGAAAUCAAAGUAACAAUGGACGAAUGUAUACAUGAAUAAUAUGGAUGAUAGUAAUAAUAAUAAUAAAAAAAA